AUGCAGCAGGAACACUUCAUAGCAGGCGACGACGAGGUGCCCCCCGGCGCGUCACAGGCGAGCUCGCAUUUCCCUCUUGAGCCGGUUUCCGCGGCUGUCCUCUGCAGUCGGGAGACGAAGCGCAGAGAUGCGGCGGUGGCGAGCGGGAGCGUGAGAGUUGGGAGCCGUGAGGUUGAUGAGGGGGUCCUCGUUGGCGGGUUAGAAAGGGGGAGCGUUGUCGGGCUCAGUUCUGAGAGUGAGCUGAUGGGGCUUUUGAUCUCGAUGCAGGCACUGGCGAAUACGCUAUGCGGCGAAGAUGCCGAGGGUAAUAAGGAGAAGAAGAAGAAGAAGAAUGCCAGAGUAAUGGUCGUCACGACACAGCCUCCCGCCGCUAUCCUCCCGCCGCUGAGGGACGCCAUCAGAACGGAGCUCAAGGUGCGCGGCACCGCUGAGGCGGACGUGGUCACGAGGUUGAGACAUUGCCUGGAGAGGGUCUCUAUAUCUAGGGUCUUUGAUCUCGAGGGGUUGUGGCAAACCCUCGGCGACUUGGACAUUCCACCCGAGAGUCCUGACCCGCUGGUCUCCCCAGUUCCCCCCGUCUGUUCGAUCUUAGAGCCGCGAGUGGAGAAGGAGGAUGAGAGGGCCGUGGAAGUGCCGAUGGACGAGAAAGUCUCUGAUGAUGCGGCUGGUUUGUCGAACAGGAAGACUGCAACGCCAGAGCAGCAGCAGCAGCAGCAGCAGCCUGAGAGGAUUGUGUUGCCGGAACUCAAACCGCGGCCUCAGCCGACCAAGUCUACGAGGACAGAGAUCGCUGACAGUGACGACGAUGACGACGCCUAUUCGCUGCCGUCUUCGUCGUCUUCGUUGUCACCGCCGCCUUCGACGAUUCGGUCUCCGACGCCGUUCAUGGCCGUAGUUUCUCCCGAGAAAGCGACUGACGAGGAAGACCCUGGGAGUUCAGCCAGGGACCUAGCCAAUGACCCGGAGGAGACAACAGAAGAAGGCACAGAGGGGCUUUACGAGGACAUCAAGGACGGACCGCCUGGAGACGAGAUCCCCGACGCGGUGCCAGUGGCAGCGCCGGAGAGCAAAGAUGCAGAAGACGAGUCGAAAGGACCGCCCUUGCCGGAUAUCAUUCUUGUCACUCACUUUCACAGCCUCAUGACGGCCCUGUUCACCCGUCGCGACCGUCAAUCCGCGCAUAGCUCGCUCCAAUAUCUCUCCUCCCACCUUCGAUAUCUAUCCAGGAAUCUGGAGACCAGCCCGCUGAUUAUGCUGCUCAACAGCACGAGCUCUUCCAAAGAGCCUUUGCCAUCCAAGCCCUCGAAUGCCAAAGGUGGCCCUCCGACGCCGAAUGGAGGAGACACCAGCAGCAAAGCACUCGACCCGACUCUCCGAUCAAUCUUCAACCCACCUGCCCUGAACAUCACGGGCUACGGCUACGGCGGCAACCAAGCGGCGUCGAGACGGAACAAGCCCACUUUUGGACUGGUCUUUUCGCAGCUGCUUGACCUGCACCUGCUCUGCACCAAGGUCCCGAGGGACAAGGAGGAUGCCGAGAGGCUGUAUGCUGCGGCACCCGGUGACGGAGGAGAGGGCGACGACGGCACGGCAGUGAGGUUCGUCUGGGUUGUGGAGGUCCUUCUCGAUGAGAUUGGUGUUUGGGAGGAGACGAAGAGCCUUGGCCCGGGAGAGGAAACGGGAGGGAGAAGGAGAGGCCCCAGGAAGAGCAGGGAGCAGAGAUGGGGCACCGUUGAUGUCAAAGGUGGGCGGGUUGUUGAUGCGUUUGAGGCGGUGGAGAGGAAGGUCGGGGAGAUCAGGGUCGUUGGCGGGUUUGGAGGCCCGAGGGUGUGA